GCACAACAUUUGGGGUGCCAUUGUGUCCUCGCCAUAUUGUCGUCCUGUGUCUUUGGCUGAGGCCCCCAGGUCUCUCUCCUUGGUAUCUGCGUUCCCUCUACUGACUGCAGGAGUCGCAGGAGGUCAACUGGACACCCGAUGACUGGAAAUGGAGCCAGUGACCUUGGAGGAUGUGGCUGUGAACUUCACCCUGGAAGAGUGGACUAUGCUGAAUGCAUCCCAAAAGGAGCUCUACAAAGACGUGAUGCAGGACACCUUGAGGAACCUGUCCUAUAUAGGAAACAAGUGGGAACACCAAAAUAUUGAAAAUGAGAAUGAAAAUCUCUGGAGAAAACUAAGUAGUCAGUUGUUGGAGAGACUCUGUGAAUAUACCGAAGGGCAUCAGUGUGCAGAAAUCUUUAACUGGACUCCAGAGUAUGCUGUGAACCAGAAAUCAUGUCCAGAAGUUUCCCCAUAUGAAAGCCAUAUCUAUAAAGAAGUGGUUAUUGGCCAUUUAUCUGUGAAUGUCCAUCCUCAUCCAGGACACAAACCGUAUGACAUUCAGGAAUAUGGAAAGGAGUUGUAUAAACACAAAGAAUCUGAGAACCCCUCCAAUUCUUCCACACCCUUUCAGAAGCAAAAAAGAACUCACACUGAGGAGAAACCUGAAACUAGUCCCUGUAAGAAAGACUCGAGAUGCCUCAUAUCCAGUCAGAAUGGUGAGAAGACCUCCAGUGGAGACCAGCAGUAUGAAUGUAAGCAGUGUGGGAAAGUAUUCACCUCUUCCAGCUCUUUUCGAAGGCACGAGGAAUAUCACAGCCGAGAAAAAUCGUAUGUGUGUAAGCAGUGUGGGAAAGCCUUCCCCUUUCCUAGUUCCCUCCAAAUACAUGAAAGGAUUCACACUGGUGAGAAGCCCUAUAUGUGCAAGCAGUGUGGGAAGACCUUUGCCCGUUCGAGUUCCCUUCUGACACAUGAGAGAAUUCACACAGGAGAAAAGCCCUAUGUGUGCAAGCAGUGUGGGAAAGCCUUCACCGAUCGUAGUUCACUUCGCUUCCAUGAAAUGAUGCACAGUGGUGAGAAACCAUAUAAAUGUACAAAGUGCGGAAAGGCCUUUGCUUCUUCAGGUGCUUUUCGGAAGCAUGAACGAACUCACACAGGAGAGCAACUCUUUGUGUGUUUGCAAUGUGAGAAAGUUUUCAGCUGUGAAAGUGCUUUUCGAACACAUAAAAUAAUUCAUUCUGGAGAAUGUGUAUGUAAGCAGUGUGGUAAAGCCUUCACCAGUCACAGUUCCGUUAAAUACCACGAAUUGAUGCAUAGUGGAGAGAAACCCUAUGUAUGCAAGCAGUGUGGGAAAACCUUUAGGUCUCCAAAACAAGUUCAGAUUCAUAAACGAACUCACACUGGAGAAAAACCUUAUGUCUGUAAGGAAUGUGGGAAAGCCUUUACUUUUCUCGGUUCCCUUCAAUACCACGAAUUGAUUCAUACUGGUGAGAAACCCUAUCUAUGUAAACAGUGUGGGAAGGCCUUCAGGUCUUCUCGUCAGGUUCAAAUACAUGAACGAACUCACACCGGAGAGAAACCUUAUGUUUGUAAGCAGUGUGGGAAAGCCUUCUUCUCUUUGUAUCAUUUAAGAAGACAUGAGGUAAUUCACAGUGGCACGAACCCCUAUGUUUGUAAGCAAUGUGGGAAAGCCUUCAGUUGGUUCAGUACCUUUCACAGUCAUAAACAGACUCACACUGGUGAAAAACCGUAUUUAUGCAAGCAAUGUGGGAAAGCCUUCUGUAGUCGCAUAUCAUGGAGAAGACAUGAGAAAGCUCACAGCACAGUGAAGCCCUAUGCGUGUGUUCAAUGUGGAAAAGCCUUCCGUUCUCCUAGUUAUCUCAAAAUACAUGAGCGAAUCCACACUGGGGAGAAACCCUUCAUAUGUUCUCAGUGUGGGAAACCCUUCCGUUCUUUUCGUUACGUCAAAUCACAUGAAAGAAGCCACACUGGAGAGAAACCCUUUGUGUGUACAGAAUGCGGGAAAGCGUUCAGUUACUACAGCUCUUUCCAUAGACACAGAAGAACUCACCAGACAGUGACCUUGAACACAGAACUGGAAAAGACUUCAUAACACCUGUAAGACUGCAUGUGGAGAAAACUAACGGUUAAGCAAGUGAAACACCUCCAUCUACUCAUGGCUAAAGAAGACUUUAGGCUAGACAAGGUGUGGCACACCCUUAAUCCCAACACUUGAGAGGCAGAGGCAGGGAAUCUCAGAGUUCAGGGCCAACCUGAUCUACAUACUGAGUUCCCAGUCACCCAUGGCUAGUAGUGUGACUGUUUCAAAAGAGGGAGAAACAUGUUCGUAUGUAUGAAGAGCAAGUUUGACUAGAAGAGGUGUCUUCAUUUGGCACAUGCGCAUGUGCUUCCCCAGUAAAAUCUUCGCUUGGCAAAACACAAUAAACUCAAGAGUAGCGGGUAGUGGCCCAGUCCUUUGACAAUUUUUCAUAUGUUCGUUCCCAUAAACCUCAGCAUUGUGAAGGACUGGAUACAAAUUUUUGUUUAAGAAUGCUUUAGAAAAUGCAAAUUCUGAAGAAACUGUGUAAAUAUAUUGAACUUAUUGGAAUUUAUUAGGGAUUUGUUUUGAUUAUCAGAAAUAGUCUUGCCAUGUAACCCAGGCUGGCCUUGAACCAAUUACAACCUCUAGAUUGUGUGGGUGAAAGAUGUCUGCUUCCACAUCCAGAGUCAGUAGUUCAUACUCCCCUACCCCUUUGACUUCUCCAGACUCGGUUUCUCCGUGUAGUACUUACUGGCCAUCCUAGAACUCAAGACCAAGCUGGUCUCGAACUCAAGAGAUCCGCCUGUCUCUGCCUCCCUAGUGCUUGGAUUGAAUGGAUUGAAGGUGUGCCACCACUGCCUAGCAUUCUUAAAAAAAAAAAAAAACCUUUUUGGACUCCAUGCUUCACAUUUAUGCUCUAGAAAACUGUCUCAACUUUAGUUACUUUUAAAAAUUAUGUGUAGAUAUAUGUGUGUGUGUGGAUCUGUGUGUAUCCAUGUAGUUCCUGAAGAGGCCAAAAGGGAGUGUCAGAUCCCCUGGGGCUGCAGUUGAUGGGUGUGAGCCGGCCCAUAUGUGUGCUGGACCCGAAUUAUGUUCUCUGCAAGACUAUUCUGUGCAAGAAAUGUCACUGACCAUUAUUCUAGCCCCUAGAAAAUUAUCUUGAAGCUGUGUUUGUGAGAUGAAGGCUUAUUUAAGUACAGGAGAUGGAAACCAAAAAGACCUUUAAAAAAAAUAAAAACAAAAAGUGCACUGUUGUUAUAUU